AUUUUUAAGUACUGAUCAUAUGAAGUCAUUCGAAUAGAUAUGUAGUAACAUGUUUAACAGUAUUCUAUUACUAGCUCAAAAGUACACUGCCAUUCCAUAGUCCCUUUCUAAUAGCCAGUUGUAUUCACGCCAAUAAUUUCAAUGAGAUCAACAUCAAUACUGUGUUGAUGAUUCAAUUACAAAUCAAAUAGAUAAUAAAUACGGUUUAUUAGAUUAUACCGGAACAAUUCUUCUAUGUAACUUAUACGGGACGUUCAAUAUCUUAAGAUUUGCAGUGUCAUAGUCUCAAUAAAAAUUCGCUUCAUCUCCAGGUCAACAACAAACUAGAAGAAUGAAUACAUGUUGGGAAUAAGCCAAUCCGUAUUUCUCAUCUGAACCAAUUUAGAUUACAGUGAACACAUGGAAACAAUCGAAUGAAUCCUACACAAACUGUUAUGAUACUUUACUAAUAAUAAAAAAUCGAUAAUUUAUUGCGUUUGAAAACUCUCAAUCAAUAGUCAGUCUGACUACACAUAUUAUGAUCAUGUUAGCUGAAAGUCCCCAUCAAAACAUAAAUACACAUUAAAAGAUAAAAAAGACACUGAAAGUGAGAGAAUUACAGGAAAAAUAAGCAAAUGAUUCAUUUACAUCGAAUCCCAGAGGCUGGUGAUACACUAAGUGUUAUAAUGGAUUCAAAUCUGAGAAAUAAUAUCAUCGAUAGAAAAGCUUCAAUGUACAUACCAAAUAAUAUAUUAGCAGGUUAUUCAAUGCAAUGGGCAUUAAACCAACCGUUAGUAAUACUAAACACCCAACAAAUAAUCUACGUUAAUGCAUAUAAACUAGCAACUAGAAGUAAACAAUUUAAAGAGUUAUUACGGUUCAAUAAAGAUCAGCAGAUUAUUCAAACAAGAAAUGAUAAUAUUCAAUAUUCAAUGGGCUCAUGGAAAAUUAAAAAAAUCGAAUGGGAACUAAACAAAUUUAAACAAUCACAUGAAGAUGUUAUGUCACAAAAUCCAUUAUUUAUUUAUUGUGAAAAUUUAGAUUGUAUUAAAGAAUUAGCAUUUACUAUACAUUAUUGUCAUAUAGGAAAUUGUAAUAUUACUAGUAUUCAAUGUUUCAAUGAAACAUACAGACAGAUAAGUGAUUACAUUACACGAAUAAAUCAUUUUAAUAGUAUAACAGUAAAUGAGAUGAGUAUGAAACAAGUGAACAAUUUGAAUGAAAUAAUCUACUAUGAAGAAAAUUUAAUGAUAAAAUUAUGCUCAAUUGAUUGUACACUAUUACUAGGAUUACAUAUUGCUAAUAAAUAUGGACUAUAUGAAUUAACUGAGAUUUGUUAUAAUUACAUAAAAAAAGUGUGUAAUCCAUAUACUUGUUGGCAAUUAUGGAAAAGUACACUUAGACCUUUUUCAUCAAAAAAUAUUCAAUCUUUACCAUUAAAUAAUGGUAAAAUAGUUAUAAAAACAAUUGAUAUUAAUGCGAGUAAAUUAGUUGAAGACUAUAUAUUGAUUAAUUUUAACAAGUUAUUAUCAUUUAGGAAUAAUAAUGAAUUAUACAAUCAUAUUUAUGAACAACAAUUAACAAAAUAUGAAGAGUUAACAGUUGAUGAAUUGGAGUAUUUAUUAACCUCGGAUUAUUUAAAUAUAAGUCGGGAAGGUGAUGUAAUUAAUGCUAUUCAGAGAUGGUUAGAAACAACCCCAGAAAGAACAAAAAAUAUCAAUCUAUGCUUUAACGCAGCACCUAGACUAUUAUCACACUGUGUGCGUAUUCAUUUUUUAGAAUUAAAUGAUUUAGAGACAAUAUAUGAAUUCCCUUAUCUAAAGUAUAAACCAUAUCAAGAGAAUAUAGAAAUUAUUCAUCACACUACUACAACAAAUAGUAAUAGUCAUACAGUAAUGGUAAAACGAUUGCCAAGAUAUAAUUCAAAGAUCAAUUCAUCAGCUAGACAGUUAACAGCUACAAGAAUUGCAUGUGUUACUGCAUUUCGACAAGCUAGACGUAAACUAUUGAGAAUUUAUAGAAAUCUUCGUCCGUUAGACGGAUUAGGCGAAUCACAAAGUGAUUCAGUAAUAACGAUUAGUCAAAAAGAACAAUUACAACAUGAUAUGAACACUAGUGGUAUUUCAUUAAAAAAUAUUGACACAAUUACUGGAAACACAUCAUCAUCAUCAUCAUGGCAGAUAGAGUUGAUAAAUAAUCCACGAAUACCACAUGAAGCUAUAUUUGUAUUCGGUGGAUGGCAAAAAGGACGACCUUCUCAAAAUGUUUAUGUUUUUGAUGCUCGUAAAGAUGAAUGGAUCACAUUUGAACCACAAAGUGAAGUAGGUAACAGCGAAUUUAGUCUUAAUGAUUGGAUUGUAUUACCGACAGCAUUGAUGAGUUUUGGUAUAUGCCUAGUGAAUAAUCGAUACAUUUACAUAGCUGGUGGUGAGCAUGUAGACACAAAAACCACUCCCAAUGUUAUCCGCUUAGACCUAUUAGCUAAGUUUAACGCAGGUAAUGCACGGAAUGAAGGAAGAUCUGGCUGGAAAACUUGUCCACCCUUACACGAAAGUAGACGUGACUUAGUUCUGGUCAACUUGAACAACCGAACGUUAUAUGCUAUUGGGGGAGAUAAUAAUAAAAGUGUAUUGAACAGCGUGGAAAAGUAUGACCUAAAUGUGGAAAGUUGGAUGGUAAGUCGAGGAUGGACAGAAGCACCAAGUAUGUUAGUAGCUCGCGGUGCUCCUGCUGCUGAUUCUUUAAAUGGAGUACUUUACGUUUGUGGUGGAUACACAGAAAGUAGAAUGGAGACGUUGACAAACAGCUGUGAAAUGUUCUGCCCAAUAACAAACCAAUGGACAUUCAUUCAACCUAUGACCCAAGCACGCUAUUAUGCUCAGGCUAUUUCAGUAGAAGGUGUAUUAUUUAUACUUGGCGGUGGAGGACUGACUGGAAGUGAAGCGAAUAUAGGUUACGGCAGCACAGUGGAACGCUAUAACCCAGAAACAGGUAUAUGGGAACUAAUGCCUCCAGCAAAAGAACGUGCUGAUUUUGCAGCUUGCCUAUUUGAAAAUGAACUGGUCUGUCUGGGAGGUGGUGGGGAAGCUUUUUGUACAGAUGAAGUAGAAACAUGGAAACCAUGGAUACCGAAACCGGAAUCAGAUCAGCCCUAUCCAAUACACGAAUCAUUUAUUUCACAACUAGAUACUUGCGUGACAACAUCAAACCAAAAUAUUGGACCGAUUUGGCUGACACCUAUGCAUCAAGUGGAUGAACAAAAUAAUUCACGCUGGAAGAAAGGUACAAAUUUACCUGUAGCCUUAUGGGGACAUAGGUGUAUUGUAGCCAAAGGACGUGAAAUAACUCUGGCAUAUUUAAAACGAUCAAACUCAUCUUUAUCCCAAGGGAAAAAUACAUGUAUCAUGCUUCAAGAAGAUACGACCGUAUCUUGCAUUUCUGUUGGAAACAGUGUGGUCAUUGUAUCGGAAAGUUUAACUGAAAAUGAUGAAGAAAAAGUAAAGGCGAAGGCAAACGGCAAACAACGGAAUUCUGUUGAGCCAGUGGAACAAUCCCCUUCGUCAAAUAUUCAAUUAAUCAGACAAAAUUAUGCUACUGAUGUGAGUGGAUAUGCUAAUUAUCAAGUAUCGCUGGUAGAAGAUAAAAAAUAUUCGACAUCAGACGUGUUUAUGGAACCCAUAUAAUGAUGCCUGUACUACAUUACUUUUAAAUAGGAAAGUUUAGUCGAAUUCUCAUACAACAAAUAUUCGCAUAUAAGCUGUCAUAUUAUACCCAUGUUGAUACGGUUUAGCGAAAAAAAAUCAAGCAACAAUGAUACUACUAUCAGUAGUCAAUAUAACCAUAAAAUAUUUUUUCGUACUAUGUAGAUACUUCCUCGAAUUCAAUUACAGAGAGCAUAACAAACAACUAAAAAAUUAAAAAUCAGAUCGAUCAGUCUAUCUCAUCUGUUGCAUAUAUGCAUUACUUCACAUAGUUAUUUACACUUUGAAAAAGAAAGACAAUUGUAAGGAAGAACUGUAUGUCGGAAUUCCGAGUUCGAGAACACUAUCUCAAUGUAUUUCAUACACAACAGUACAGUACACAUUAAAGAAAACAAAGAACAUUAAGAAUGAAUAUCGAGUGGAAAGUUUGAAAUCCUGACAGUUUCACAUACUUGAAUAUUGUAUAGUACAUCCGUACAUCAUAUGUGUUCUGUAAUAAGCUAUUCAUAGACAUACAUACACAUAUGUAUUAUUAUGCUGUAUUUUAUGAAUUUAUGUAUAUCCACACAUCAGUAGAAUUCAUAUGAACAGAUACUUUUAGUAAUUAGUCGUAUUUGAGGAUAUGUUGACUUCAUGAGGAUAACUGUAAGUGUAUAAAGUAUGGAAAGCAUUAUUACAUGUGGGCAUGGUACCGAAUCUAUAAAGUCUCUUACUGUUGGUCUGAGCCAGGUGUCAGGAAAUAUAUUUCUUGGUUGCAAUCUGAGAUAGAACCAAAAUAGAUGUUCAUUGACUUUGGUAGGAACAGGUAGGAAUCUAUAGCAAAAGCGCAGAUGAAUCCACAUUUUAUCACUUUAUAAGUUAUUUUCAUACACUUUCGUUACCACUACAUUUUUUUGCUUUGUCUAAC